AUGCGACUUCGAUUUGCUGUUCCCCCGCGCGCGGUGCGCUUCCUGAAGACGCCUUCCCACUUUUUUCAGGUGUCGGCAUUCCUCCUUUCCAGGGCGCAGCGACGAGUCGCGCUGGCAGCUCUUUACAUCGGGACUGGCCCGCGGGAGCGGUUCCUCGUGGACUUGCUCAGGCGGCGCAUGCGGGAGGUUGCAUGCAUGCGAGAGAGCGCGCGACCAGGCAGCGCGUUUGGCGAGUUCUUGUGGGCCGGAGAUCAGCGAUGGAAGGCACGUGCGGUCGCGCCGACGGUGGCGGGAGGGCAGAGGAACGGGGAAAACGGAAGAGCAGAGAGGACACGCGUCUCUGCGAGAGAGAGAGACCAGGAAGAAAGCCUGGGCAAAAGACGUCUGCAGGUCCACAUUCUGGUCGACCGUUUACGAGGGACGCGAACAGACAAGAACGGAUCUUCCGCCUCCGUUCUCGCCCCCCUUCUCAAGCUCGACGAAGAACUCUCUGAGGUGGACGUACACCCGACUGGUGCCGAGCCUUCACCGUUUCCGCCCCCGCACAACGAUUUCUCCAGCACAUGCAACACCCGUGCCACAGCGACGUCCUCUUCCUCUCUUUCAUCUUCUCUUUCUUCUUCUCUUUCUACUUCUCUUUCUACUUCUCUUUCUUCUUCUCGUUCUUCUCGUUCCUCUUCUCUUUCUUCUUCUUCCUCUUCCCUUUCUUCCUCUUCCCUUUCUUCUUCCUCUUCUCUUUCUUCGUUCGGGGCUUCGCCGUGUGCGUCGCUCGCUUCUUCGCGCCGGGGUAGAGGCGAGCGAGCUCCCAGCGUUCGAGUUAGUUUUUUCCACAAUCCGCUGGCCACGUCCUCGCUUCUCGGGCGCGUGCUGCCUCCGCGGCUGAACGAAGCGGUGGGUGUCCAACACAUGAAGGCUCUCGUCGUGGACGACACGGUGCUGCUGACUGGGGCCAACUUCAGCGAGGAGUACCUCGUCAACAGGGCUGACCGUUACGUGGUCAUCAACGACGCGUCUGUCGCGAAUGCAGUGUGCGAGAUCGUCCAGGCAGUUCAGCGAGGCAGCUUUUCUCUCAGGCGCAGGGCGGAAAGGCGCCGCGACCAACCGCUUUGCGUGAACGCGGGUCGGAGGUCUGUGGCGGAAGCUGGAGAGAGAGGGCGAGCGAGAACAGAAACAGAAGGCAGAGAGGCAGGACACAACGCACAGGCGGUGCGCAUGCAGGCGUGUGGGAGUAAGAAGAGAGGGUCAGAGGACGAGUUGACACUCUGCGGCGAGGAAGGUUUCAGAGAUUGCGACUCGGAAGCGGCGAAGGGGGAAAAGCUUCGCACGCUGCGCCGGGAAGGCGGAGACGAAGCAGGUUCUCGUCCAGUCUCUUCUGCGUUCGCGUCGUCGAUCGGCAUGCACGAGGAGAAGCGCGCAGGAGAGGCUGAAGACGCAGGGAGGGAGAGAGAGGAAGAGUACACGCUGUGGCGGGCGCAUGCCCGGGAAAGAGAAGGAAAGGAGAGCCAAGACGAGAACAACGAUUUCGACGUCGUCUGGGAUCCCCAGUUCACUCUGACGCACAAUCCAACACAAAACCCGGAGGCCUUUUCACGCGACUUUUAUCGCCUUUUGAAAGAAACGUGUUCUCGGGAAAAUGCUCUCUCAGAGUCCCGUCGAGCUUCCGCAGCGAAUCCGGACCUGCCCGCAAAGACAGAGACUGUCUCCUGCGCUUCUUUCACGAACAGCCGUUCCAGUGGAGUAACCCUGCACGCACUGUCGGGUCUGAAGAGCGAAAGACAGGAGAGCGGCCUCUCGCUUGGGGACGAAGCGCAGCGGAGGAGCGUGGGAGACUGUCGAGCAGAACCCGGGGGAGCAGCGUGCAAUCUUGAGCACCCAGGAAGGCCGGUGAGAAAGUCUCAAGGGGCGGGCGAAGGAGACGCACGCGGCCAGAGUGAACAUUCGCAGAGCUCGCAGGAACUUUCGCAUGCUUCGGUGCAGAGCAAGCAAGAAAGGGGUGCCGUGGGACAUGAGGGAAGACGAGAGGCAGUGCGAGCGGCGAAGGCCAGAGAUUCAGGUGUCUGUACACUCGAGAUCGCUCUUCAAGCGGGUUUCACCGACCCUCCCAUUGACGACCUCGCUCGAGUCCUCGACGAGAUCUUUGUGGAGGCAGGCGAAAGUGGACCAAAAAAGUUUAACUCAGCGCGUCUCAAGAAAGUAGACAGCGGCGCUGAAGAAUCAAGCACAGCGCACUCUGGCCGUCCGCUAAGCACAAAUAGGGAACAUCAAGUUCGUGCGUCAUCCCCCCUCGCUCCCCCCGGCUACAAUGCUGUCGCUUCCGAGGAUGAAGAUAGUAGAAGACCGCUAUCCAGUCUUGCAACUGGUUCAUCAGCGGUGGUUCUUGCCUCUCCCUAUUUAAAUCUCCCUAGCCGACUGCUGAGGCGCCUCAGCGCUCUCUGUGUAGCCCAGUCGGAUGCCACACAAUUGCUACCCGAGGCUCGGCAAAGAGAACCGGAUCUUUCAGUUGGGUCGGGGAUCUGCGAUAGAGCCUUGCGCACAAGAAAGGUAGCUGUUGUAACGGCCGCUCCACAAGCAAAUAGUUUUUUCAGGUCGAAAGGCGUAUCGCGUUACAUUCCAGAGGCGUAUGCCUACCUUGCUCAUCAAGUAGCUCGGAUGCUGGAGCAGGCUGCGCGCCGAACUCCCGCGACUGUAUGCGGUUCGGGUCACAGACACCAGAGCGAGGGGAGAGAUUCACAAGCAGAUGCACUCGCGCAAAAUGCAGGACGGGAGUUGUCUGAUGCGAGAUCCACGGAUCCUCGAGAAGGGUCGGAGUCCGUGAUGCUCCAGGAGACGGAAAGUAGACGUUCAGACUCUGUGCUAUUUGAGUACUGUCGCCCGUGGUGGACGUUUCAUACCAAGGCGAUUUGGCUGCUGGCCGAAACGUCGUGCCGAGAAACGAGAGAACUCGGCUGCCGUCCGGAAGAAGAGCCCAGUCGAGCGACACGAGGGGAAACCGCGCACGGCCUCACCGAACAACGCUUCGAGCAGCAUCAAGAAGGCUGCUCUUUUAUCCCGGCGAACACUCAACGAGAAGCCGUAGACGUUCGGGCGGGGGCUUCAGGGCUGUGUCGGGGGAUCUCCUAUGCCGACGAGAACUCCGUGUCAAAGUUUCCCGAAAUCGGAGGGAAGAUCCCUUCUGUACAGCGUUGUUCCUGGUUGAGAGUAGCUGCGCAACAUCCGGAGCACACGGUGGAAAGCGACUCGACACAUCUGCUGCCUUACAUGACCGUGUUUGGGAGUUCGAAUUUCAGCGAGCGGGCGGAGCGCCGAGACCUUGAACUGAGUUGUGUCUUAAGGACAACGGACCAUGAGCUUCAGAGCCAGAUGAAGGCGGAAAUCGAGGACGUAUUCAAGCACUCUCGGCCUGUCGAGGCCGAGAGUUUGAGAAGAAGAUUUGGAUGGGUCACGUGGUUCGCAGUUCAGUGGCGCACAAUCAAGUCUCUCCUAUGA